AUGGCCAAUGCAUAUACUAGUAUUCUUUCGCUUGAAUACAACCAGUUGAUCAAUCAUAACAGUGCUAACUUGUAUGAAUCCAAUAACGGGUUAUGGCAAGGGAGUAAUCCAAGAUAUAUGGAUAAUUUGAGUCCAUUGAAUGAAUGCAUCGAGAAACUUAACUCCCAAUCAGAACGUACAAAUAAUGUUCAGCUUAUGUCAGAUAAACAGUUGAUGAAGUUAUGUAUAAAAGGAACUAAGGAGUACAUCAAUGAAACCAAAGCUGAGAUAUUAAAUUGCUAUAAUCAAAUUAAUUAUAAAAAAAUUGAAUUCAGUGAAGAAGAAUUUCUUAAGAUCAAUGAUUAUUUUAUUAUUAAAUUAAAUGAAUUAAGUCAAUAUUAUCAAAUCGAAGUUAUAAUCAAUAAUAUCAAUACCAAUUUUGAUAGAAAAUGGCAACAACUGAAAAAUUAUCAACUUUAUCUUAUUGGCAAUCAGGACAACAUCACCAUUGCUGAGACCCAAGUAAGAAUCUUGGUUGAUACUUGUUUGAACGGAUUUACUGUUGAUCAUAUCGAAUUACCAUUAUCAUUGAUACCAAUCAUUGGAGGCAUUGAAAUGUUGAACUUUAAUGAAAUUGUCAAGCAAUCAUUAUCCAAUAUUUAUUUACCAGACUUAUUACCCGAAUUAUUCAAUAGUAAGAUUUUUGAAACUAAUAAAAAUUUAAAAAUUUGGAUUACUAGUGAAAACAUUUAUGAAAUCAUCAUGACUAAGAAAAUUUUACAAGAUUUAAUUGAUUCAAUUCUUAUUAGAGAAAAUUCUUUAUUGACUAAAGAAAUUGUGAUCACCAAGACUAAACUUGAUUUAUUAAUUUUAUAUAACCAACUGGAAAUUUUGAAUAUUAUGUUUAAAAAUGGAACGUUCAUUCAAUUACCUUCAUUAGGAGAAAACGAAACCACCAUUAAAGUUCAAGGUCAAACUCCUGAAUCAAUAAAUGAAAGUAUUAAAGAAAUCAAUUUAAUUUUCAGUGGCGUAUAUACUUUAGAAUUAUUACCAAUUACAAAUCAAGCACUUAACUUAAUGAAUGACUAUUAUUUAAUGAAUUUGAUUGGAGAUUCGAAAACUUUAAAUGUUAAUUAUAAUUUAAUCGGGGGAUUGAGUAUAACUGGAUCCAAUAAGGAAAUUAAAGUUUUGAUUAUGGAAUUAAUCAAUAAUGAAACUUAUUGUCAACUGACUAACUUUGAAAUGAAUUUAAUCAUUGAAUUAGAUAACUUACAAAAAGAUUUUAUUAGUGGUAAAAAAAAUGGUAAGAUUAUCAAGAUAUUAAAUAACGUUAAUCAAAUUCCGAUAAUAAGUUUCCAUGCAUAUAAUGAAUAUAAUUUUUUCAUUAAGAUAUCUAUUAAUACUAAUAGUAAUAGAUUUAGUAAUUUACUAAAAGUUAUUGAAUUAAUUGAGUUAGAAUUGCCAUCAGAAUUACAAUUCAAUAUCCCAGAAGUUUUCCAUAAAUCAAUCAUUGGUAAUGGAGGUUCAAUUAUUCAAUCAAUUAUGAAAAAAUAUAAUGUUUUCAUUAAAUUUUCAUCGAGUGUUAUCCUGGUCAAUGAUGAUUCAAUUUUUUAUCUGUUUAAAAGGUUUAAUAAUGUAUUAAUCAAAUGUCCUAUGAAGAAUUCCAGAAACAUUCAAUUGGUCAAAUUUGAAAUUGAUCAAUUGGUUAAUCAAUGUUGUUUAAAUAACAUGAUUAAUAAAUCAAUCAAUUCCACCAUUUAUCAAACAAUUGAAUUUAAUUUAUUGAAAAGUCAUUAUUUAAUGAUUAUUAAUAAAAAUUAUAAUUUAAAAUUCAUUAAUUUUUUGGAAAUUGAAAAUAAUUCAUUUAUAAAUUUUCCUAAAUCGAUCGAUCACUUUAAUAAUUCAAAUAAUCUUUUAAUUGAUAUUAAAGGUGCAGAAUUGAAAAUCCAAAAUUGUGCUAAUAAAUUAUCGCAAAUCUUACCAUCCAAUUUUGAAUUCAAAAUUCCAUUUUGUCAUGGUAAAUUUAAUGAAUUGAUCAACGAAUCAAAUAAAGAGUUUAAGGAAAAUAUCAUUAUUCCAUUCAGAUUAAUGUUAGGUAUUGAAUUGGUUAUCAAUGAAGUUUCAAUUGAUGAUUCGUCUUGUCAUCAAAUCAUCUUAUCCUUCUGGGGUAAGCAAUCGGAUAAACAUAUUCAAAUGGCCAUAAACGAUUUAACUUUAUAUUUAAGAGAAAAGAAAUUCUUGAUCAUGGAUAAAUCUUUCUACAAAUUCAAUCCAAUUAAACAAAAAAGACAAAAUAUUUUGAAACCCAUCAACUAUAACUUCACUCCAACCGCUCCUUUCAAAUUCUUACCCGAGAUCCCAGUCCAGCCUUUGAUAGGCGGAUACUCGACUUAUAUAAAUUAA